AUGCGCUGGCGCGGGGCGCUCUGUAUAGCGGGCCUGGCCCUGGCAAAGGAGACGGCCGCGGCCGUGCUAGAUAUCCGGCACGGCAGUCACGAACAUGCCGAGCCCGAGACCCACGCACAGGCCCUGCCACACACGCACGAUGCUUCGCGACCGAUGCCGGACGUGCCCAAGUUUUGCACGGUGCCAAGCUACGUGAACACGUCCACGGAUUGCAUUGCCAUGGACACGGUCGACUGGCUCAUUCCUGUACACGACGCGGGCGCCACGCUGCGCCCGGCGCCGCGGCGCAAUGCGUCUCACGGCCACGCACACGGCGGCGGCGCGCCACCGAUGCUCGCGCUGAACGAGACGCUGCUUUUCUCCAAAAAGGGGCCGGUUCCGCUCAGCUACAUCGAGUGGGACUAUGGCCUGGGCGCCGGCGAGCUCAAGGAGCUGCGCCGCUUUGCAAGCCUCCAAGCCGACCAGAUCGCCGCGACGUGGCCCGACCGAGUCGUGAUCGGCGCGGCUCAUGGAUACUGGCGCUCGCUCGCGGAUCAGGACGAUCCAAGGAGCUGGACGGCGCUCCGCGAGGAUGUCCGCUCGCGCAUCGGCGGGGACAUGGGCGACACGGAGCCGGUGCGUCACCGUGCUCUGUGGGCUAUGGCGGCGUUUGAGUACAUUUUCGCGUGCUUUGUUCUGCUCCCGGUCCUGCUGUGCGUCCAGGCGGUCAAGUCGUCGCUGUCGCCGCUGCUUGCCGCGGCGUACCUCGCGACGCUCACGCUGGCGCUCAUCACGGGGCGGCUGUACUUUGCGCUCUCGCCGUCGCUCUAUCCUCCCAAUGCUUUCGGGGGCAUGGUGCGCGCCGUGUACGUCCUGUCGGUCGGCUGCUUUGCCUCGGAAGUCGUCCUGCUGGUGGGCCGCGUCGCGCGGAUCGUGCGCGGCGUGCCCAAGUACGCGGGCAGCAUGCACGGCAUGCACGCUGCGCUGCGCCUCCUCCUGAACGGCAGCGAAGACGUGGCGAGCGCCCCUCUUUCCUCUGCUCCGAUGCACUCGCGCCCGGUGCCCCAGUCGCGGGGCACCUCAAGCACCGAUCAGACGCUCGGCGACUCGGUGUCGGGCGACGCGACACCCGGCGAGCACAAGCCCUAUACUGUGUUUGACUCGGACGACGCCGAGGCGCAGCUGCUCUCGUCGCCGGUCGCGAGCGACUUUCCGCCGCUGGACGAGGCGCCGCCCGUAUCGUACUGGGACCGCCUGCACACGCGGCACCCCCGCGUGCUCGGCGCCGGGUCGCUGCUCUAUACGGUCGUCUCGCGCGGCCUCGUCCCUCUUGCGUUUGCCACGCUGUACGUCGGCGUCGCGAUCUACACCGGCUCGUGCCGCAAAAACUACAAGAACCCCUGCCUGGCCCACGGCAUCAAAGGCGGUAUCUUUUUCUGGUACGGCAUCUUGUCCUUUGCGCGGUACCUCGGCGCCUUUGGCGAGUACGGCUGGGCGUGGAACAAGCGCCCGACGCUCGGCAACUCGCAGCACAGCAGCGCCGCGCGCUGGCGCCGGACGAUGCCCACGGCCGAGUUUGUCGAGUGCUUUGUCGUGUUCCUGUACGGCGCGUCGAACACAUGGCUCGAGCGCCUGAGCUCCAAAUCCACCGAUCCCUACACGGUGAAGCAAGUGCAGCACAUUUCGAUCGCCGUCAUGUUCUGGUUCGUGGGCCUGGUCGGCAUGGGCAUCGAAUCGAAAGCGCUGCGCUCGCUCAUCGGCAGUGCCGUGGUGCACUCUCACCCCUCGUCGAUGCCGGCUGCCGGCCAAAGUGCGGUCGAGGCGCAGACGCCCCCGCCCUCGUACGCGAGCUACUUUAAUCCCUUCCCCGCGCUGGUGAUUGGCGUGACGGGCGUCGCGAUGGCCGCGCACCACCAGGACUAUGUGUACGAGGUGCAGGUGCAUAUGCUGUGGGGCGUGAUGCUCGCUGCGUUUGCCCUCUUUCGUAUGCUGACCUACUUUUUGCUAUGGCUGCGUCCCCCGUCGAGUAUUUUGCCCGGAAGGCCCCCUACCGAGAUCAUCGCGAGCUUUGCGCUGACGUGCGGCGGCCUGCUCUUUAUUCUGUCGAACGAGGAGGUAUCGUUUGCUGCGAUGCGCGCCAACUUUGGCGACUUUAUGGCUAUGCUCAAUGUGGCGAUUGCUGUCGUCGCCCUCGUCUUUUCGUGGUCCUUUGCGAUCAUGGUCGUCAAGGCGUGGGCACUGCGGCGCGAGCACCGGCUCCGCCCGUGGCUCCGCGCGGGCCUCCACGCGGGCCUCGCUGUAUAA